UUUUUUAUUUUUUUUUAUUAAUUCAAUUCAUAGUCUCAGUCUCUCCGGGAACAGAGCGAAAAACGACCCAGACCCAGAGACUGAAAGAGAGAAUCAGAAAGCUAUGGCUUCCUGGAAUUCGAUUCCUCUGGAAUUGACAUACGAAGUUCUGGGUUGGAUCGCUUUUGCUUCUUGGUCUAUUAGUUUCUACCCACAAGUCAUCUUGAAUUUCCGCCGAAAAAGUGUUGUGGGGUUGAAUUUUGAUUUCGUGGUGCUGAAUUUGACGAAGCACUCCUCCUAUCUCAUAUACAACGCCACCCUUUACUUUAGCUCCGCCGUUCAAAAGCAGUACUUGGAGAAGUAUGGCUAUGGAGAGAUGAUACCCGUGGCAGCAAAUGAUGUUGCUUUCUCGGCUCAUGCUGUUCUAUUGACAGCAAUUACCUUGUUUCAAAUUGCAAUUUAUGAACGAGGACCUCAAAAAGUCUCAAAGAUUACUAUUGCAAUUGUUUCUGCUGUAUGGUUAGGAGCUGGAGUCUGUGUUUUCAUUGCUUUGCCGAACCAUUCUUGGCUUUGGUUGAUCUCUGUAUUCAACUCAAUCCAAGUCUUCAUGACACUCAUCAAAUAUAUUCCUCAGGCAAUCAUGAACUUCACGAGGAAAAGUACAGACGGAUUCAGCAUUGGCAACAUUUUGCUUGAUUUUACGGGAGGGAUAGCAAAUUAUUUACAAAUGGCUGUGCAGUCUAUAGAUCAAAAUUCUUGGGUGAACUUUUAUGGAAACAUAGGGAAGACCCUGCUAUCUUUGAUAUCUAUAUUCUUCGACCUUCUUUUCAUGUGUCAACAUUACUUACUGUAUCCUAAGAACAGAGCACUUAUACCUCUUAUAAGCAGCAAGGAUGGCAAAGAACCGCUUAUUAAGCCGUCUUCUUCUGAUCAACCAAAGCCUGAAAAUGUGGAUCACCCACAGCUAGAAAAUGUAUGAGGCUCAGGUUGGGUUUCAUGAUGGAUAUCGGCUUCAUGUUUUUGUAAUAUAAAAUCAAUUUGAAGUCUUUGGGAAAUUGCUUGCAAUCCUUGCACGUUUUUUAUAUACAGAAAAUGGUUGAAUUUACCACAUAGUUUGGAGCAUUUGAAAUUGCCCAAAAAUUGUAAAACAUUUAGUUUUGUAAGAAAGUAUUUACUUUAAAAGGUAUUAUAACAAUUUCUUUGAUGUUAUAAGAUUUA